UCGUGAGAAUAUUAAACCGGGCUAUAUCGCUGGGAGGAAUUGUGCUUGUUCGUACGUUCGUACGUGAGAACGUUCCGCUGAAUCCCAAAUAUGGAACCGAUUCUGAAUGUGAAUGUGUUGCCAGCUUGACAAACGUCGUUCCUCUUAUGUUUUCUGCGCAACAAAUUAUAUAUGCUCUUGACCAGCAAGAAAAAGAAAAGGGUUUAGCCAACGCCAAAUUCCGUAAAAUAUUGGCCGUGUUCGUCGACGUAAAAAUCCGCAUUGACCAUUUGACAUACGCGUUCAAAACAACUCUGCGGCGUGUUGACAGCGGUCAGCGGUGCGGUGCAGCACGUCUGCGGCAGGCGGCGCGAUGACCGGUCCGCCGAAUGUGGGGGCGCUGCUGUUCCGGCGGCUGGACGGCAAGCCGGCCGAGUUCCACCUGGAGCGCGUAUUCGGCGCCGAGCGCUCCCGCGUCACCCAGCUGGUCACGCGGCAUGGUGGCGUGCUGGUGAACAACCCGGCCCGGCACCCGCACGCAGUGGUGCUGACUGGUGCGGCGCCCGGCUCCGAGCAGCGGCCGCCGAUCUCCUACCGCAGCGACACCUUCAGCACGCAGUUCGUCGAUGAGUGCGCGUCGGCCGGCCGUCUGCUGGACCUGAGCCGGUUCCGUGCGCAGACAGAGUCCCUGUACGCGCACCCGUCUGAGGCGUCAGCCGUGCUGCUUGGCGAGCGCGCCUGGCCCGAGUUGCAGCUGGAUGCGCGCUUCGCGCCCGUCGUCUCGGACGAAGAUGAGCAGCUAGCGGCCGAGCUGGCGGCGGCAGACGCGCCGCUGGGACGCGCUGGCUCCGUGUGGAAAGGCCGCGCGCAUUUCACCCGCCUGCAGGACGUGAGCAUACUGCGGCUGGUGGCGGCUCGGCCCUGCAGUGGCGGCUCGCCGCCGACGGCGCCGCGCUACUGGCAGCUGAUGGCGCCGCGGCUGCCGGCCGCGUUGACCGACCACCCACCGCUCUCGCUGUGGACGCGGUUCGUGAAGCGCGUGGUGCCGUGUCUGGCCGAGUUCAGGGGCGCCUUGCCGCUGCCGGCGCUGGUGGCCAUGGCGCCGGCGGAGCCAGGGCGGGCGGCCUCGGAGGCGCGCCUGGCACGAGCGCCGUCCGUGUCGUACAGACUCCGGGCGAGCUGGAGCUGA